CGAUUUUAAUGCCCCUCCGCCUUUCUUCCACCAAAUAAACCCCAAAAAAGGUGAGUGAGCGAGUGUGAGCGAGCGAGAGGGCAGAGCGGCGCGAGGCGGAGGCUAGGGUUAGGGGUUUCCUCGCCGCCGUUUCCGUGCGGUCGUGCGGUGCGAUGGCCGCCGCGGCCGCUCCGCAGUCGCCGCAGCAGCAGCAGCAGCAACAGCCGUCGCCGCUCGUGGAGCGUGUCAAGACCGCCGCCGGCCUCGAAAAGUUGGUGCUACGCGGACAGCGCAACUGCUCCGUCGAGAUCUCUCUUUACGGAGGCCAAGUAACUUCGUGGAAGAAUGACUAUGGGGAGGAGUUGCUUUUUGUUAGCAGCAAGGCCAAUUUCAAACCUCCAAAACCUAUUCGUGGUGGAAUACCCAUUUGUUUUCCGCAAUUUGGAACUCAUGGAAAUCUUGAACAACAUGGAUUUGCAAGGAACCGGCUUUGGACAGUUGAUGACAAUCCACCCCCUUUACCAAUAAACCCUGCUAUUAAAGCUUUCGUUGAUCUUAUUCUGAAGCCUUCUGAAGAUGAUUUAAAGGUGUGGCCACACAGUUUUGAGUUCCGCUUGAGAAUCGCUCUUGGUCAGGGUGGAGAUUUGAGUCUGACAUCUCGAAUCAGGAACACCAAUACUGAUGGAAGACCUUUCUCUUAUACAUUUGCAUAUCACACGCACUUCUCUGUGUCCGACAUAAGUGAAGUGCGUGUUGAAGGGCUGGAAACAAUGGACUACCUUGACAAUAUAAAGGGAAAGGAGCGUUUCACAGAGCAAGGGGAUGCUAUUGUAUUUGAAUCAGAAGUUGAUAAGGUAUAUCUUGCUGCACCCUCAAAAGUUGCCAUUAUUGAUCAUGAGAAGAAAAGAACAUUUGUCGUGACAAAAGAAGGACUCCCAGAUGCUGUUGUUUGGAAUCCUUGGGACAAGAAGGCAAAAGCUAUGCAAGAUUUUGGGGAUGCAGAAUACAAGCACAUGCUCUGUGUGGAGCCUGCAGCUGUUGAAAAGCCUAUUACCCUCAAACCUGGUGAAGAGUGGAAAGGAAGACUUGCGCUCUCAGCUGUUCCUUCUAGCUACUGCAGCGGGCAGUUAGAUCCACAAAGGGUCCUUCAUGGUUAAAAAUUCUCACUUUCCACGUCUUGUACAGGAGCACCUCAUUGCCCUUACCUAUUUGAUGCUGGGCUGACUUUGGACGCCGCUCAACCUUUCUCCCUUGGUCGUUUUCAUCAUCCUCCAACUUCCAGUCUUUUUUUGUAUCUACGAGUGAGUAUUAUUAGGCUACUUUGGAAAUAACAGACCGUGCCAGCUGCUUUGGUCCUAGAGCAAGGUUACCUCGUGGGUGACGCAAUGAAUCAAUGAGCAAGUGUGCGCUGUAGUAGCUGCUUCGUAUGAUUCACUGGCCAUUACCGAGAAAUGUUACCUACUUGCCUUGUCGCGUAAUCUGUAGCAUAUUUUCUUAUCUUUCUGUUAACCCGUAGCUAUAUAUGUUUAGGACUACGCUGAUGCAGUGCUGCCUCCCCGAGUUGCUGGCGAGACAUAACAUGGAUAAAACAAUGAGACUUUUCACCCA